CUGGCCCCGGCCGCCCUCCUGCCCGAUUCUGCGAUUCAAAAUUUUCGAGCCCUCCGUCUCCACACCGGCACACCGCGGCACUAGCCGUUCCUCUCCCACCUCCAUGCCCAAACCCUAGGCGGCCACGCGGCGACCUCCGCGAGAGCCGAGCCGGUACGCCAUGGAGCAGCUGUUCAUGCAGGCCUUCGAGCGCGGGGACUGGCUGGCCGCUCAGGUGCAGCAGCAGGUCGACUCCUACUCCCAGACCCUCGCCCGCCGCCUCCUCGCCGCCGGCCACAGCCCCCCAGAAUGGCUCCUUCCUUCCGCCACCCUGGCCCAAGAGCUGAAUGGCAAACCAAUUGUUCUCACUGGAAGACAUAUUACAACACCAGCAGUCAAUAGGAGUGUCUUCCUGCCUCUAGCUGUUCCUAGCACUUUGUCCAGAAAUUCGGAGGUUCCAAAUGAAUGUGCCUACACAGACACCAAUUGUACUGCUCUGGAUACUAGCCAACAUGAAGAGGAGCAGCAAGAUCAUAAUUCACUUAACCAGGACAUUUCUGAGACUUGUACCGCAGCCAAAAUGUUUUCAAGGAUUCAGCGUUCCAGGUCAAGGCAAAGGCAUAUUGAAGAUCGUCUACAUGAAAAGAAUCAGGCUGCAAAGAGUGGAAGCCUUGAUGGCAUGCGUAAGUCUAACCUUGGGACUUUGGGGUCAAACAGAGCUAAUGCAUCAUCAUCAUCCAUACCAUGUGAUGAUGUUGCAAACAAUGCUGAAACAACGUCAUCAGCUCCAGGUCAGGGUAGUGGUUUUUGUGCCAUUCAGGGGAGAUCAAUUAACUCCUUGAAGUGUGGUGACAAUCUUGAAAAUGAAGGAGUUCAGUCAGAUGGUUUCCCACCACAGAUAGUAGAGAGAAAAGUUAUCUCUUCUAAUAGUGACAUUGGGGUCAGUAACAAACCUUCUGUUAGAGAUUCAUUUAGUGUGCAACUUCCAGAUCUCUCUAAGCCAAGCUUUACAGAUAAUGUGUGCCACCGAGUUCCUGAAACUCCCAUGUUGGUUGAGCCAAAAAAACUUCAAUUUGAUGGCGUUGAAUCAGUUUGUGUGGAUGAUACUAGUGAACAAACAGGCCAGCAACAGGAAUCUGGUGUUAAAAGUGACCAUCUUGAUAUUGCUGGUAGAAUUCCUUCAAGUGAAAACCCAUCUUCUACCAGUUCUCAGGGACUUCAUUCGGUGGGCAAGUUGUUGCUUGAUCAUGUUAGGUGGGGACAUUUGAACCCUGACGUUGCACCAGUGGAGCAUCAUUACAAAUAUGCUUUAGAAUGUGGCCAUCCUGAGCCCACUGGUAUGCAUUCUCCAAAUAAGAAACCAUCUCUGAUGUGCCCUGCUGAAGCACCGGAUUCUAUUGGUGAACCAUCGCUUCAAAAGGAUUCUGGCGAUGUUCCUGAAACCAAUUCAUUGGGAACAGCAUGCCCCAGAGUCAGCCGACCACUUGAAAUGGAUACAUCAAAUAGUGAUGAAACCAAUUGUUCUCAAAGGCCUUGUUCUGUGGUCAACCCGCUGCUCACAAAUGAUACAUUGCAGGCUAUUGAGGAUACUGAAAAACUGCCGAGUUCCAAUUCUCAAUUCUCACCUCCAUACAGUGGACAUUUGCAGAUAUCUACCAAGCUAUCUGGCUCAAGGUUUGGGGCUCAUGCAUCAUCAGGAACAUCACCAAACAGUUUGUUAGGGGAGGAUGGGCAUGGACAGCUUUCAAAUUUGCCAAUAAAUGACAGAAAUAGCCGAUGCCCCCAUGGGAGGUCUGCUUUAAGUCUAGAACUGCUUCCAACUGAAAAUUUUAAUUCCAAUGAUGUUUGUCAAUCAAGCUUCUUAUCUUAUAGAAUACAAACUAAUGACAAUUAUUCCGAUGGUUGCACUGCUGUGAAUAACUUUAGAUCUGCAGAUAAUGAGUUAUCUCAGGAACCAUAUUUAUCGGUCAGACCAUCUUUGGAAUUGAAUGGGAGUAUUCCAGAUGCCGAAACUCCAUUAGGCCAUGGUCCUCUGGACAUGGAAAAUGAGAUGCUCAAAGAAAACCCAGUAUCUGACUCGGUCAACUGUUAUUCAGGAGAGUUGGGUGAUGAUGCUCAGACCAGCAAAUCGUAUGGUGGUUCUGCUGAUAACAGAAAAAAUGAGUCUGUGGUUCUGAAAGUUAUGCCCAGUAAUUCAUCUCAAAGACCCAGAGAAAUGCAUGGAAGAGAAAGGAACAGUGUGGUUUUAUCAGAAAAAUGCAAUGAAUUCCUGCGACAAGGAAAAGAACAAGAGACCCCUCAUGCUGAGGAUGAUGUGCAAAUAAAUGCUAAUUCAUGGACAGCUGAGAGUGUUGAGAAAAGAAAAUCUGAAUGUACUUCAGAAUCGUGCGAGAAGAGCAAUAAGCAAGAGGACAGAAGAAGUGCUCAGAAGAGGUCAGUUGCAGAUGGUGUUCAGAUAAAUGGGGGUACAUCAUCCAAGAGAAAACGAAUAAAAUGUCAAGACAUUGCACUUCCCAGUUCUUAUGACACGAAACCAUUGUCUCCGAACCACCAAGAUGUCAUUGGCACCCAUGUGGUAACUGCAGAAAAUUUCUCAGGGAAAUCACAACCUUCAGGUCGUUACUUCUUAAGGAAUUCAGGAUCUGGUGAGUUCAUGCCUCUCAAGUCUGAGACAAAGAAUGAUACCAUGAGCUGCAAGAUGUCAGGUGCAAGUGAUGUUCAAAAAAAUAGGAAUUCUAUUCCUGAAUUAAGAAAUAGGUCCAGCUUAUCCGAGGUUGCCCUCGGCAAGUCUUCUAGUGUGAAGGCUUUAUCACCUCAUUUUGGUUGCGGUAUCAGCAGCAAGAUUGCAGUUGAAGAAAUGGACCUCCAAAACUAUCAAUCACAGUUACAAAAUAUUUUGGAUGUCGCUACAACUCCUUUGCCUACAAGCUGUGAUAUUGCACUUGAUAACAUGGAGCUCUGCAUGCCAGAGGAAAAUCCUUACUUACAAGGUGAGGACCUAAGUGUUUCUGAUUCCAGUGUGGAACAUCAGCAAAUGGCUCUUAAGAUGGAUGAAAUAUUGUCUAAUUCUGCCACUGAUUCAAUACAUAUAUUUCCGAGUUAUGGAUCGGAACAACAUGAUAAACAGGCAUCUGCUCCAGUUGUAUUUGCUCAUGAGAAAUUAAGUUAUGGCUCUGGCAUAGAAGUUGAUAGGAAACUUAGAAGUGAAGAUCUAACUGGACCUUUGCUAUCUGAUUCCUCCAUACCAAGACAAAAAGAUGAUGAAUCUGUGGACUGUAAUGAUACAAUGCCACAGUUCGAGAGCUUUGAUUUUGCUACCUUUAGUUAUGAUGAAAAACGACACAAUGAAAGUAUUGAUGGAAGAAUAACAGAUGUUUUUGGUUCAUGUGGAUUGGGACAUAAUGGUUCCUUUUUUACUUCUGAUGUUGUAGCCUCGUGGUCUUCAAAUGAUAGCGACAAACAUGAGAGUAGUGAAAAUCAGUUGACCCCUGCAGUUGAAAAGUAUAGUCUGGGGAAACUUUCAGGGAAAAUUGGAUCUGUUUCCGAGCAUAUGGGUUCAAUCCCAGAACUUUCAUGCUUCCGAAUUGAUGAAGACAGUGACAUUGCAGAAGAAAAUGAGUACCAAGACAUAAUACCUGGAUCUGUAGGUGUCCAGAGGCAAUCGGGCAGAAAAGUAUUUCAGGAUAUCACUGGAUUAUGUCAAAACACUGGGAAUUUUGCCGCUUGUUCCAUAGGUAUCAUGGAUACAAGUGACACAGACUUCACCACAGAAACUUGCAGUGGUGAACUCAAUCAUCUUCCAGGUCUCAGGAAUGAUGGUGAUAACAAGAAGCCCAAAGAAAGUUAUGCUUCUUUAGUAAAGAAAGGAGGAAAAAUAUCUCAUUCUCUCCGUAACAGAUUAAGCAAGACAGAAGCAAGACACAUGAGUGAAACAAAUACUGGCAAACACUCUAAGCCUUGCAAUAUUGUUGCAAAUGUGGCAUCUUUUAUACCUCUUGUAAAACAAAAGGUGCAAAACACAGCAGUAUGUGUGAAAAAGGAUGUUAGAGUGAAGGCACUUGAGGCAGCUGAAGCUGCAAAACGUCUUGAAGAAAAGAAACAAAAUGAGCGUGAAAUGCGCAAAGCAGCCGCAAAACUAGAGCGUGAGAAAUUGAAGCAGGAGAAAGACUUAAAGCAAAAACAGGAAGAGGAACAAAAGAAGAAAAGAGAUGUUGAUGUAGCGACUAGAAAGAGGCAGAGGGAUGAGGAGGGAAGGAGGGAAAAAGAGAGAAAAAGGAAAUGCGUUGAAGAAGCUCGAAAACAACAGAAGCAGCCUAUGGAAAGAAGGCAUGCCGACAGUGAGAAAGAUUCUCACCCAAAAGCUUUUUCAUUGCAGGAUAACAAGAAGUUGCCGAAGAAUUUGGCUGAAUCUGUGAAAGGCCAAGUGAAACCUAAUGAAAUGACACGCCUCGGAGAUAAUGCCACUAAAAGUAGUAAUGAAAAGGUUGUGGCAGCUGAUGAGAGACCUGCAAGUUUUGGUUCUCAAUCUCAGGAAAAUAUCCACCAGAGUCUUGAAGAGUCUUACAUGAUGACUCCAUAUAAAGAUUCUGAUGAUGAAGAUGAUGAUUUUGAACUUAAAGAAGAAUCAAGACGAAGAAGGAAAUUGAUUCCGUCAUGGGCUCGGGGAGAGAACUUGGAAAAGAUCUUACUAUCCAAUUACGCUUUGGACCAUAGAGAAAUCUUUUCCCGAAAAUGCUCCUCUAACCUAUCUGAAAUUUGUCCAGUCCAUAUUCCACAACGUGGUUUCAGAUGAGUUUCUUUUUUUUUAUUAAGAAAAAGGGGGUUCCAGAUGAAUUUCCAUUUGACGAACUAUUGGUUAUAUGCUGCUGUCUUUCUUCAGCAUUGCCACUUGGCUUCUGUCAGCAGCAUGUAUAUAAGCUGGUCACACCAUUCACUCGUUUAACUAUGUAGAAGAACAUUCUUGUAUUAUCAGGCAACUGCGGCAACAAUUGUUGUUGUACAUAGUUUCGGUUUGUUCACAAAUACUUUGUUUCGGUUGCA